CUCUCUUCACAAUGUGGUGCUCACGCAUCGUCGGAGGAACGGUAAAACGUAGCUCCGAACUGUGAGGGUGUGUCGAGCUAGAGAGCAUGCUAGCUGAUGGUGGAAGCUCUUUGAUUAGCGCCCUUGGAGAGCGAAAUGAGGUAUAAAAUGUGGAGAGUGUGCUACUAUCAGCUAAGAUUUGUCUAAGGAAAAUGAGAAUGUCAUUAUUUCAUUUGUUUAUGAGUUAAUUGAACAUGUCAUCAAUAUAAAAGCAAUAUAUAUAUAUUCUUUCUGUGAACAAUUAUAAUGUAUUGUAUUGCAUUUAAUAUUUCAUUGUUAUUAGUUGGUUAAAACGAUUUAUAUUGGGUGCAAACAUGAUUAAUAAGUGAGCAUGAAAUAAUAAGUGAGCAUGAUUUAUGUGUGAAUUAUUUGUGAAACUACAAGAAGCAUUUUGUAUUUCUUCUGUUUUUAUUCUGUAGUUUUCACGGUGUUCAUGGUUCUUAUGGUGCAUAGUGCUCGUUGAGAGGAAUAAAUAAACCGACACCCGUUUGAAACUCUCUGCGUCUUCAUCAAUAAAUCCAAGGGGCCGUUACACAUAGACCAAACCCCCAUCACACACUUUGCCCAACUUCACUAUCACAUCUUUUUAGCUGUUCUCGGGAUAUGUAAAUAAUAUAUUAAUAAUGAGACACAUGUAUGUAAAUGCAAAUAUACUGAAAGUUAAAUAUAUACUUAAAAAGUUGUUUUUUAUAUAGGAGUACUUUUCUCUGUAAUUAAUAUGCAAAAUAAUCUUGUUUUGGGUUGUUACAGGGUAAGUGAUGCUUGUGUCCAAUUCACGAUACAAUUCUAGCCUCAAGUAGCUUAUUGCGUUUAUAAAAAUAUCACACAAUACAAAUAUUAAUGCCAAAACUAUGACGGCAUUAUAAUGCCAAAAAGAAACGAGCGCACUGCUGAUGCUGACUGCGCACAGCAAAUAACUUCCGCGAGAGGACAACGGAUAUACACGCGAGUAAACGGGAUCCCGCGAGCUCGUUUGAAACCUUCGCGCGCGCAUGGCAUCCAAUGGCCAUCUGGAGCACCGGGAGUUUUCCCGGUGGGCCACUGGCAAAUGUGAGACGGCCCACUCAGUACAAAAAUAAAAAACCAUAAUAUUACAUCUCUUUUCUAUGCAAAUGGAUAAGUGCGUUGAUCGUGCGGGCGCCGCCAACAGAAGAGCAUGUUUGUACUUGCGAAUGUACUGCCCUCCCUGGCUGUUGUGAUUUCUGUGUUCCAGUGGUUUAAUGCAGCAGCGGUAACAAGUACGGUGGCCCACUAGUGCAAAUGACAAGGAAAUUUAAAAAGCAAAUAUAAGUUCACAACACAACGGAAUCGAGCCACAACACAACGGAAUCGAGUCACAACACAACGGAAUCGAGUCACAACACAACGGAAUAAAGCCACAACACAACGGAAUCGAGUCACAACACAACGGAAAUGCUCCCGACCACUAGGGGGCAUCAGCGCCGGGGAUUUAACAUUAAUCAGUGCGCAUGUAGAAGAGGCUGUUAAGUCGUUUGGAGGAGUUUUUACAACGCUGCAAUGUUUUGUCCCUUUUGUGGAAACGAACUUGGGAAUGCUAUUGCCUUUUGUGGUUCUUGCGGUUCUAAUGUCCAAAUUUUGUCAGAGCACGAGUCCCCAAUCGAAGUUUCUGAAGAGGAUCUUCUUCUCAAGUACUUUAGAGAUGGACACACUUACAGUGUAAUUUUGGAUAUUCUGGCAUCAAAGCACAACCUCAAAUAUAGCCUUCGUACCCUGAAAAAAAAAUUAAACAGACUAUCAUUGCACAGACGAAAAAGCUACACACCUUUGGACAUUGUUCAGGCAGCAAUUACUAAGGAGUUGGAUGGUCCUGGACAGCAUUAUGGGUACCGCACAAUGUGCCAAACACUACGUCAGAAAUACAGUAUUACAGUUAAAAGACAAGAUGUAAUGCGUAUGACGGCUGAUCUUGAUCCUUUAGGAGUUGUACAACGAUCAAGAAGAAUGUUUGUAAGAAGGGUUUACCAUUCUUUGGGGCCAAAUCACACCUGGCACAUUGAUGGCUAUGACAAAUUAAAACCCUAUGGUUUGGCCAUAAGUGGCUGCAUUGAUGGAUACUCUCGGAAAGUGAUGUGGUUGGUCUGUGGAGCCAGCAAUAACAACCCAGAAGUUAUAGCUAAUCAUUACCUGCAGUGUGCCACUGAAUUUGGGGUCAUACCAAAUCUUCUUCGCACAGACUGUGGCACUGAAAAUGGAGUAAUGGCUGCAAUCCACUGCAUUCUGAGAUCAAACCACCAAGAUGAUCUUGCAGGGGCUGCAAGUCACGUGUAUGGUUCAUCAACUACCAACCAAAGAAUUGAAAGCUGGUGGUCAUAUUUCAGAAAACAAAGGACUCAGUUCUGGAUGGAUCUUUUGAAUGACCUGAGAGGGAGACAACUUUUUAAUGGCAGUCAUGAGCACAUAUGCUUGGUGCGUUUUGUUUUUUUGGGCAUGCUACAGAAGGAGCUUGAUGAAACCAAAGAAAUUUGGAACACACACACCAUUAGGGCAGUUAAACAAUCUCGCUGUCCUUCUGGGAAACCAGAUGCAAUGUACAUUCUUCCACACAGGUUUAAUGGAACAGAUUGUGGAUUCCCUAUCUCACAGGACGACCUGGACCAGUUUCUGGCUGAACCCACUCGGAGUAUGUGUGGAGAUGACCAGCUUCAGGCAAACUUUAAAGAUUUACAUACACAAGGCAAUUUGACUACACCUCUGAACUGGGAAACUGGUGUGGAAAAUUACAUAACCUUGAAGAACAUGGCUGAAAUUUAAAGUCGGGUACUGGAAAUGGGAUAGCUGGAUGUCCUCUCAAAGCAUAGUUUGGGUUGAGGGACAAUUGUCGAAGGAGGCAGUGAAUCCAGUCCUGUAGCAAACAUCAGGAUGUCCUGGAGGG